GGGAGAGGUGUGGCAUGACCUGGAAGAAAGAGGUUGAGAAGCGAAGAGAAGGAGCAGAGGUGGUGUGUAAUGGAAGCUUAUGCGUGAAUCACUGUGAUAGAUUUGAUUUGAAUUGAAUUGAAUUGAAUUGAUCUGUGAGAGAGAAUGUGGAGGCUGAAGGUGGGAGAUGGUGGAAAGGAUCCUUACAUAUUCAGCACAAACAAUUUCGUAGGGAGACAGAUAUGGGAGUACGAUCCAGAGGCAGGUAGCAUCGAGGAACGAGCCGAAGUGGAAGCAGCCAGGAACAAUUUCUACCAAAACCGCUUCAAGAUCAAGCCCUGUGGUGACCUUCUUUGGCGCUUUCAGGUUCUGAGAGAGAAUAACUUCGAACAAAGAAUUCCGAGUGUGAAGAUAGAAGAUGGAGAAGAAAUAAGUUACGAGAAAGUGACGGCAGCGGUUAAAAGAGGCGCAUAUCAUCUAUCUGCAUUGCAGACCAGUGAUGGCCAUUGGCCUGCGCAGAUUGCAGGUCCUCUGUUUUUUCUUCCUCCUCUCGUAUUCUGUAUGUAUAUUACAGGUCAUCUCGAAUCAGUAUUUCCAGAAGAGUAUCGCAAAGAAAUUCUCCGCUAUAUAUACUAUCACCAGAAUGAAGAUGGAGGAUGGGGACUACACAUUGAGGGUCACAGCACCAUGUUUUGCACUGCACUAAAUUAUAUAUGUAUGCGGAUUCUUGGAGAAGGACCCAAUGGAGGUCAUGACAAUGCUUGUGCUAGAGCAAGAAAGUGGAUUCAAGAUCAUGGAAGUGUAACUCACAUUCCUUCAUGGGGAAAAACUUGGCUUUCGAUACUUGGUGUAUUUGAUUGGUGUGGAAGUAACCCAAUGCCCCCAGAGUUUUGGAUCCUUCCUUCCUUUCUUCCUAUGCAUCCCGCUAAGAUGUGGUGUUACUGUCGAUUGGUGUACAUGCCUAUGUCUUACUUGUAUGGAAAGAGGUUUGUUGGUCCAAUUACACCUCUCAUUUUACAAUUGAGAGAAGAACUAUUUGCCGAACCCUACGAAAAAGUUAAUUGGAAGAAAGCGCGUCACCAAUGUGCAAAGGAAGAUCUGUACUAUCCUCAUCCUUUGAUACAAGAUCUAAUAUGGGACAGUUUAUACAUAUUUACGGAGCCAUUACUAACUCGUUGGCCUUUCAACAAGCUGGUUAGAGAGAAAGCUCUUCAAGUGACAAUGAAACAUAUUCAUUACGAAGAUGAAACCAGUCGAUACAUUACCAUUGGUUGCGUCGAAAAGGUUUUAUGCAUGCUUGCUUGUUGGGUGGAAGAUCCAAAUGGAGAUGCUUUUAAAAAGCAUCUUGCAAGGGUGCCAGAUUACUUAUGGAUGUCUGAAGAUGGAAUGACCAUGCAGAGUUUUGGUAGUCAAGAAUGGGACGCUGGUUUUGCAGUUCAAGCUUUGCUUGCCACUAACCUAGUUGAGGAAAUCGGUCCCACACUUGCAAAAGGGCAUUAUUUCAUUAAGGAGUCUCAGGUAAGGGAUAACCCUUAUGGAGAUUUUAAGGGUAUGUAUCGUCAUAUUUCUAAAGGAUCUUGGACAUUCUCUGAUCAAGACCAUGGAUGGCAAGUUUCUGAUUGCACAGCGGAAGGUUUGAAGUGUUGUCUACUUCUAUCAACGUUGCCACCAGAGAUUGUGGGAGAAAAGAUGGAACCCCAAAGGUUAUAUGAUUCAGUCAAUGUCCUGUUGUCACUUCAGAGUAAAAAGGGUGGUUUAGCAGCAUGGGAGCCUGCGGGAGCUCAAGAGUGGUUAGAACUACUGAAUCCGACGGAAUUUUUUGCGGACAUUGUGGUUGAACACGAAUACGUUGAGUGCACCGGAUCUGCAAUUCAAGCUUUGGUUUUGUUCAAGAAGUUGUAUCCAGGGCAUAGGAAGAAAGAGAUAGAGAAUUUCAUAAGCAACGCAGUUCGAUUCCUCGAAAAUACACAAACAGGCGAUGGUUCAUGGUACGGAAAUUGGGGAGUUUGUUUCACCUAUGGUUCUUGGUUCGCACUUGGUGGUCUUGCAGCUGCUGGCAAAACUUACACCAAUUGCGCUGCUAUUCGUAAAGCUGUUAAAUUUUUACUCACAACACAGAGGGAAGACGGUGGAUGGGGAGAGAGUUAUCUUUCAAGCCCCAAAAAGAUUUAUGUACCACUAGAAGGAACUCGAUCAAAUGUUGUUCAUACAGCAUGGGCUCUCAUGGGACUCAUUCAUGCUGGACAGGCAGACAGAGACCCUACUCCUCUUCAUCGUGCUGCAAAGUUGCUCAUCAAUUCUCAGUUGGAAGAGGGUGAUUGGCCCCAACAGGAAAUCACUGGAGUGUUCAUGAAAAAUUGCAUGUUGCAUUAUCCAAUGUACAGAGAUAUUUAUCCUAUGUGGGCUCUAGCUGAAUAUCGUAGACGAGUUUCGUUGCCUUCCCGUGAAGUUUAAGUUGGAAGGGUGUGAGCAUAAAAGACAUUCGAUGAAGACGGGGCAACAAAUAAAAUCAAAGAGUUGCGCAUAAUCAAUUUUUUUAUUUCAUGUUGGUUUGAAUAUGUAUAGAUGUUCUUCGAUGUUCCUCCUACGAUGCAAACAUAAAUUUAUUAGAAUAAUGUGUAUCUACAUUAGAGGACUACGAAGAACAUAAAAAUGUCACUAAGGUAAUUCAUUUUUCUUUCAUGCCCAAUAAAUAAUGCAAAGCCUAAACCAA